AUGCUCUCACGGCACGACGAAUGCUCUCACGGCACGGCGAAUGCUCUCACGGCACCGCGAAUGCUCUCACAGCACCGCGAAUACUCCCGCGAAUGCUCCCGCGAACGCUCCCGCGAACGCUCCCGCGAAUGCUCCGCGAAUGCUCCCGCGAACGCUCCCGCGAACGCUCCCGCGAGGGCUUCCGCGAGUACUCCCAGAGCACUCACCAGUGCUCACAGAGCUGAGGCAUUCGUCAUACCCACUCAAGGAAGGCCGCACCAGUCCCUCAAAAGAUAUCUAACGUGGGUAUCCUCAACGCCGCUGUACGGUCAGUCGCGGGAUACUGAUACGAGCACUGUCCUGUAUACUGGUGACGACUACCCAACCUUUGACGGACGUGUAUGUUUCUGUCGAUUCGUGAAAGGCAUAAUUAGCCUUGAGGUUGAGGCCAUGGUACGGCUCGUCUGA